AUGCCCGGAGAUGAGAAAGCGCCGGUGAAGCUCUCGCUGCCGCUGGAAUUCCAGCAAGAAAUCUUCCGCGAACUGCGCGAGGAAGAUGCCCUCGUCCUCAUUGCGCGUGGCCUCGGCCUACUGCGCAUCGUAACGAACCUUCUGCACUCCUAUGAUGCGGCCGGAAACAACCUGAUUCUGCUUGUUGGAGCCGACGACCGCGAGAAUGGAUGGAUCGGGGAGUCGCUGGCAGAGCACGCCGCCAUCAGCAUGGUGCCCAAGGCUCGCGGUCUGAGCCUCGUCAAUACGGACCUUACGAGCGUGGGGGCAAGGGAGAAGAUGUAUUCGGGAGGAGGGAUAUUCAGCAUCACAUCGCGGAUCCUGAUUGUGGACUUUCUCUCUGGACUGCUGGACCCGGCUACGGUGACGGGCAUUGUGGUGUUGCACGCUGAGAGGGUUGUUGCGACAUCGCUGGAGGCAUUCAUAUUGCGCAUCUACCGGCAGAAGAACAAGACAGGCUUCUUGAAAGCGUUCUCCGACAACCCGGAGCCGUUUACGACUGGGUUCUCUCCGCUCGCCAACAUGAUGCGCAAUCUGUUCUUAAGGAAGCCCUCACUAUACCCACGCUUCCACGUUUCAGUCGCGAAGUCCCUUGAGGGCCGGCGGAAGGCGGAAGUGAUUGAGCUCGAGGUGCCCAUGACCGAAGGCAUGAGGCUCAUACAGAAUGCGGUCAUGGAGUGCGUCGAGGUCAGCAUCAGCGAGCUUAAGAAGGGGAAUCCAGGUCUUCAGAUGGAAGACUGGAACCUGGAUAGCGCACUACACAAGAGUUUCGACGUUAUAGUAAGGCGGCAGCUCGACCCUGUGUGGCACCGGACCACCUUCAGGACCAGGCAGAUUGCACGAGACCUCACGCUGCUACGGACGAUCUUGCACUCGCUGUUGACAUACGAUGCCGUCAACUUCAACAAGUAUCUAGAUACUGUGCUUGCUGCCUCCUCUCCUCCACCCGGGUCGACACGGCAAAACCAGUCGCCAUGGCUCUUCCUCGACGCUGCUCAUACCAUCUUCGAAACGGCAAAACGCCGCGUAUACAGUGGCAAGAUCACGAACGGUGACACGACGGGGGGCGCAGGAGGUGUACCUGACUCCCUCCAUCCAGUACUUGAGGAGCUUCCGAAAUGGGCAGUGCUCGCGGAGAUUCUCGAGGAGAUCGACCGCGAUAACUACUUCAAUCCUCCAGUCCGGGAUGACUCGAACGGCACCAUACUGAUCAUGUGCGGUGAUCAAGGGACUUGCGCUCAACUGCGCGAGUAUCUCCAGACCAUGCGCAUACGGCCGGAGGAAUCAAAUGGAGACGCUGACGGAGCCGAGGACGAGUCCACGCCAUCAGCUUCGUUCAUGAUGCGGCGCCGGCUGCGCAACUACCUCAACUGGAAGCGCGACUUCGCCAAAGUCAGCGCCUCGCUCUUUGCCGAGAACGAGAAGACCAUCAACGGCGAGGCAGACAAGCGAGGCGGACAGAACGCUCGCGGCAAGGCCCCCGCGCACAAACGAAGACGCGUGCGCGGAGGAUCAGCAGCAGCUUCGACGACCACGAGAACCGCAAGCGGUAGCAUCCACGUAGCUGGCGACCGCGAAUCGCACAUUGCAGACCUAAUGGCUGAGCUGGCGCCCACGGACGCCGAAGCGCUGCAAAAAGGCGAGAUUGGAGCCGAUCCCCUCGAGGACAUGGAAGACUACUACGAACUUUAUGACAUGAACGAGCUCGUCGUCAUCCAUCCCUACGACGGCGACAUGGACGAACAUGUGCUGGAGGAGGUGAAGCCUCGCUACGUGAUCAUGUACGAGCCCGAUGCCGCGUUUAUAAGGCGGGUCGAGGUGUAUCGGAGCUCCCAUACCGACCGCAACGUCCGUGUCUACUUCCUGUAUUAUGGCGGCUCGGUCGAGGAGCAGCGCUACCUGAGCGCUGUGCGCCGUGAGAAAGACGCGUUUACGAGGCUUGUAAGGGAGAGGGGGAGCAUGGCACUGACUCUCAACGACGCGAGCACCGACCCGCAAGAGGCCUUCCUCCGUACACUCAAUACGCGCAUCGCAGGCGGAGGCCGCGUAGCCGCAACCGCACAACCCCCGCGCGUCGUCGUCGACGUGCGCGAGUUCCGUUCCUCGCUCCCGUCACUGCUGCACGGCCGCAACAUGGUCGUGGUCCCCUGCAUGCUGACCGUGGGCGACUACGUCUUAAGCCCAAGCAUCUGCGUUGAGCGCAAGUCGGUGAAAGACCUGAUCUCCUCCUUCAACAACGGCCGGCUAUACAACCAAGCCGAGACGAUGCUGCUACACUACGCGCACCCCUUCCUGCUGAUCGAGUUCGACCAGAACAAGUCCUUCACGCUCGAGCCGUUCGCCGAUCUCUUCUCCGCCGGGGUCAAUAGUCUGCAGGCGAGCGACCUGCAGUCCAAGCUCGUGCUACUGACGCUCGCGUUCCCGAAACUGCGGAUUAUUUGGUCAAGCUCGCCGUACCAGACAGCCGAGAUCUUCGAGGAGCUGAAGAAGCAGCAGGAGGAGCCUGAUCCGAUCAAAGCGGUGCAGAUUGGGCUGGAUGACGGCGAGGAUCCGAACUCUGCGAGGGUGUUCAGUCAGGUGCCCCAGGAUAUGCUGAGGGUUGUACCGGGGAUCACGGAGAAGAACUUGGGGAGGAUCACAUUGGAGGUGGAGGGGAUUAUUGAGCUGGCGAAUAUGGAGGAGGAGGAUAUUAGCAAACUAGUGGGGAAGGAGGCGGGGAGGCAGAUUCACAGGUUCUUCAAUAGGAGCGUUUAUGAUGAUUAG